UACCCCUCCAAACCCGAUAAGAAAAAAAAAAAAAGUUGCGACAAGCCUGAGAAAUAUCGUCGAUAACUAAGGUUAUUACAGUUUUGAUACAAGCGCAAAGAUAAGAUCAUGGCAAAUUACGACAGCGACUCAUCAGCGGGCGAGGAGGAAGAAUUCACAGAGACCAAUGUGCUCCUAGGGUACGCCUCACAAGACCCCGGCGACGAUUCCAUAAGUCGCCUGGGAGGACGACCUGAAUGGCUUGACGCAGAAACGCCGCCCUCAGCAGCCCUAGCAAAAUGCAAUAUAUGCAAAAACCUCAUGGUCCUCCUCCUCCAACUAAAUGCUGAGUUACCAGAUCGAUUCCCCGGCCACGAGCGUCGCCUCUACGUCUUUGCUUGCCAGAAGAAGAGCUGUCGGCGGAGAGAUGGAAGUAUACGCGCUCUGAGGACUUUGCGGGUCGCGCCAGGGAGUAAGGUCACCUCGCUGAAUAGCGAGAAGAAGAAGAAAGAGGAGAAGCCGAAGCCGAAAGAGGAACCAAAGCCACCUACGAAGCUAGGCGAAACUCUCUUCGGUGCAAAGACCCUGGGAGGCGCAACGGGAGCAAACCCCUUCGCGACGUCUACUUCCAGCACACCAGCACCAAGUAAUCCAUUCGCGAGCCCCAGCAAUCCAUUCAGCACGCCUCAACCCGCUGCGGAAGUCCCCAAAGUUGUCGAGCCAGAGCCAGAUACGAAAACAGAUAAAGAGGCAGAAGCACUACCCAAAACCUUCGCUGAGACCCUAUCUCUCAAUAACCCACAAGCCAACGUCCCACAACCUCCCACCGAGCCCUGGCCUCUAGAGUCUUUGCAGCCGAAACCGUAUCCAAUCUCCUACCUGUCCGAAGCCGAAUACGAAACGCUCGAUCCGACACCGCCCCCAGUCCCACAAGCCACAAUGAAAAUGGACGUCGACGAUAAUUCCGGCUCGGGGGGCGGCAAAGAAGACAAGGAAGUAUUCGAGUCGACCAUGGACGCCGCGUUCCAGCGCUUCGCGGAUAGACUGGCGCAAAACCCCGAGCAGUCGAUUCGCUACGAAUUCGGCGGUAUGCCCCUAUUAUACUCGAAGACAGAUGCCGUGGGGAAGGCGCUUGCGGCAUCGCAACCUGAUGGAGUGGGUGUUACAGUGACUUCGGGCGGCGGAGUCAAGGGGAUGCCUCGUUGCCCGAACUGUGGUGGUCCGCGCACAUUCGAGGUCCAGCUCUGCCCGCACGCCAUCACCGAACUUGAGGCCGAGGAGCUGUCCCUCGAAGGUAUGGAUUGGGGAACUAUCAUUGUGGGGGUGUGCGAGCGGGAUUGCCAGGCGCGAGGCGUCGACGAGGGCCAAGUCGGGUAUCUAGAGGAGUGGGCGGGUGUUCAAUGGGAAGAGAUAGGUUCUGCUGCUCCGGGCGGUGGAAGGCGGUGAUGAGAACAGGAGUAUUCCGCGAGGAAUUGGAUAAUUGCAUCAGGAAAGCGCUCCGCGUCUAGAAGGCGAUGUUUGGUUUC